AUGUCAUCCCCUGGCACCCUCUUCACGCACCCUCUGGCACCCCCUCAUACCCACGGACACCCCUUGGUACCCAUGGGACACCCCUCAUACCCACGACACCCUCCCAUGACACCCCUCAUACCCACGGACACCCCUUGGUACCCAUGGACACCCCCUCAUACCCACGGACACCCCUUGGUACCCUCUGAGUCAUACCACGGACACCCUUGGUACCACGGACUCGAGCACCCUCUCAUACCCACGGACACCCCUUGGUACCCUCUGAGCACCCCCUCAUACCCACGGACACCCCUUGGUACCUCUGACACCCCUGGACACCCUUGGUACCGGACACCCCGAGCACCUCUCAUACCCACGGACACCCUUGCACCCCUCAUACCCACGGACACCCCUUGGUACCAUCGAGCACCCUCUCAUACCCACGGACACCCCUUGGUACCCUCUGAGCACAUACCCACGGAGGUACCCACGACACCCUCGAGCACCCGAACACUCCCGGCACCUCCUAGCACCCCCCCCACCCACUGGCACCCUUGGCACUGGAUGGUGUCCACAGCCAGCAACGCCACUUCCCGUUCCGUGACCCUGCGUGAGUCAGCACAACUGUCGGCCGAAGGAGGGGCCAAAUGA